AUGGUUUGUGUGGAUUGUGGCAAAAUGGCAUCCAAGUUCCGAUGCCUGGAUUGCGCCUUGCAGCCUGUAUAUUGUUGCACCUGUUGCUGCCAGACUCACAGGAGGCUUCAUACCCAUCAGGUCCAAUACUGGAAAGGCCACUAUUUCCAUACUGCUGGUCUCUGGGAGACAGGCUUGGUGUUGAAUUUGGGCCAUAAUGGAUCACCUUGUCCCAACUUUGCGGAGUUCAAGGAACAAGAAAAUGACAGGCAGGAUGCAAGUUUUGAGGCUGCAGAAGUUGCAGGACCAGCAGUGCCAACCAGCCCUGUUGGCCAAACAUGGGCGGUGCCUGCACACAUCCCAAUUGAUCUUGAUAUUUGA